GAUUACAAAAUAACCGAGCCUCUCUCUCUCUCUCUCUGACCCUUACACUUGGUUUCCUGGGCGACGUGAGGUGGUUGUUCAGGUUGUCCUCUUUGGUCUGCGGUCAGUCAGAGUCUUUGUUCCAGCCGUGUGUGUUUGUUGAUGUGUUAAGAGUCCAGAGGCAACUUUACAGCACUUCACUUCAUUUUAUCAGAAUGCGUCUCACUACAGAGGAGAAAAUCGAGCUGGGACUCAAAGCGCAGGGAUCGAUCAAUCCUGCAUUCGGGGACAAAGAUGGUGAUGAACAGCCUCAGCUGACGGUUGACAUUGAGGAGCCACAUACAGAGGACCUGGAGCCUGUGGACAAAAGUGCAGAUCUGGUUUACUCCCUCAAUGACAGGCCGCCGUGGUACCUCUGCAUCCUGCUCGGCUUUCAGCAUUACAUCCUCGCAUUCGGAGGCAUCAUCGCAAUCCCGCUGAUCCUGGCAGAGCCCCUCUGCAUAAAGGACAACAACGUCGCAAAAAGCCAACUCAUCUCCACCAUAUUCUUUGUGUCGGGAAUAAGUACGCUGCUGCAAACGGCUGUCGGUACCAGGUUACCAAUCCUCCAGGGUGGGACUUUCAGUUUCAUCACUCCGACCCUGGCCAUUCUCGCUCUGCCCAAAUGGCAGUGCCCAGCCCAAAAAGCACCCAUGAUGCUGUCGGUGCAGCUGCAGAACAGCACCAGCUCGCUGCAUGUGGAAAAUUCUGAUGAGGUCUGGAUGUCACGGAUGCGUGAGAUCCAGGGAGCCAUCCUGGUGUCAUCACUGCUGCAGAUCGUCCUGGGUUUUUCUGGCCUGGUGGGCCUCGUGCUGAAAUACAUCGGCCCGCUGGCUAUCGCUCCCACCAUCAACCUCAUCGGCCUGUCACUGUUCAUCGAGGCUGGGAAGAAGUCUGGAGGUCACUGGGGAAUAUCUGCUCUCACAGUCUGUCUGAUCCUCCUCUUCUCUCAGUACCUCAGCAAAGUCAAUGUACCAAUGAUUGCCUACAAGGAUAAGAAGUGGAAGGUUUUCCAGUAUCCCCUCUUCAAGCUCUUCUCCGCUUUGUUCGGGAUGUGCGGUGCCUGGCUGGUCUGCUUCUUACUGACCGUCUUUGAUGUCUUCCCUUCAAAGUCCGACGAGUAUGGCUUCUCAGCCAGGACUGACAUCAGCCUGGACGCUGUGGCAAACUCCCCCUGGUUCCACGUGCCAUACCCAGGUCAGUGGGGUGUCCCCACAGUGAGCGUGUCUUCAGUUCUGGGUAUGAUGGCAGGCGUCUUGGCAUCGACCAUGGAAUCAAUCGGGGACUACUACGCUUGUGCUCGCCUGUCUGGCGCUCCUCCUCCACCGACUCAUGCCAUAAAUCGAGGUAUCGCAGUAGAGGGCAUCGGCUGCAUCCUGGCUGCACUGUGGGGAACUGGAAACGGCACCACCUCCUACAGCCAGAACAUUGCUGCACUGGGCAUCACCAAGGUUGGCAGCCGACUGGUUCUCCAGACGACCGGUGUUCUUAUGAUGGUCCUGGGGAUCUUUGGGAAGUUUGGAGCUGUAUUUAUCACCAUCCCAGACCCGGUCAUUGGGGGCAUGUUCCUCGUUAUGUUUGGAAUGAUUGCAGCAGUGGGGAUAUCCAAUCUCCAGUAUGUGGACCUCAACUCGUCCCGUAACCUCCUCAUCCUCGGCUUCUCCACCUUCAGUGGUCUCGUGUUGCCUACGUGGUUUCACUCCAAUCCUGGCAUCAUUGACACAGGAAUUAAAGAGCUGGACCAAGUGAUCGUCGUGCUCUUCACCACACACAUGUUCAUCGGAGGAUUUUUUGGGUUUAUCCUGGACAACACCAUCCCAGGCACUGACAAAGAGCGGGGAAUCAAAAGCUGGAGGGACAAGGUGCAACAGGGAAACAAAACCAUGUGUGACCUGUCGUGCUAUGACAUCCCUUUCUGCAGCGGUGUUUUGAAACGGUUUAGGUGUUUCCAGUAUCUGCCCUGCCUCCCUUCUUACAAGACCACCCAACAGGGUACAUCCAAUUAAUGAAGUGUUAACUUUAAGGGCAGCACUGAUGCUCGUCUAUUAGUCUUAAAAAGCCAAACACUGGUCGAGGUUCUGGUACAACCCGGCUCCAAAACAGGUGCAACGCUGUGGAAAACAAAAGUAAAAACAGAAUACAUGGAUUUGUAAAUCCUUUUCUAAAUAUAUUCAGUUGAACUCAGUACAAAGAUAUUUUAUAUUUAAACUGAUAAACUUUGUUUUUUGUAAAUCUCAUUCUGAAUUUGAUGCUGCAACAGGUUAUAACAAAGUUGGGACAGGAGUGUGUUCCUGGAAGAGUUAUGAAAUAAGAAAAACUGUUUUCCAGGCCUGGGAAUGGUUUGGAAUUAAUGGAAUGCUUUGGAAAAAUAUCCUUUUUUUAUUUAAAAUAAAAAAUAUUUGCUAAUUUGCUUUCAGUAACAUGUACUGUUGUAAUAAUCAUAUAAAUCCAUAGUCAUUGAAAAAAAAUAACAAAUACACUUGUUCAGAAGAAUAAACAAUAAAAUAAUAUAUGUCAUUGUAACAUAAUAACAAAAUGUACAUAUUAACUUUCUAAUUGAGCGAGUGAUGCACAGAUUUUGAAAUUAUGGGCUGAUACUGAUAACAGUGUAUAAAAUAACAAUAAUAGCCGAUACCGAUGUUUUUAUAUUUGUGUUUCUUUUGAUUGUUGUUGUUAUUUAUUCUGCUUUUGUUUCCAGAAACACUACACUAUAAAAAAAACUAAAUGAACAUUUUUAAAGUCAUUCAGUGCUUCAUUACACUUCACACCUUUUAAUGAGCACAAAUUCAAUAAUACACAUUUAUGAAACAACCUUGAAAAUAACCUUCUGUCACAUGAAAAACAUCUUUAGGAAAAUUAGCAAACAGCCUUUUACUACACAUAAUACACCAUACAUGUACUGUACCAUACAUGAUAAAGUUUAUCAGUUUGAGCAUUAAAUAUUUUGUCUCUGUACUGUAUUUAAUUGAAUAUUGGUUGAAAAAAGAUUGGCAAAUCAACAGCGUCCCAACCUUUCUGGAAUCAGGGUUGUAAAUAAAUCUAAACCUUAUAUCUUCUUUAGGACUCCUAUUUCAAUACGUUUGUCAGUAAAACACUGAUUUCAAAUUUAUAUGAUUUGAUUUCUACAACAAAGUUAAAGCACUGUGUCUCCUUACAGUUGGAAUCCUCUUCACGUCAUUUCUAGGUUAAGCAAACAUUCGUAGUGCCUGAAGAGCAGCAUGAUACACUUCAGACCUUUCAAAGGCAUUAAUUAGACACUCCCUUAAUGUGUGAAAGAGAUUUUAAAGACAAAAUAUUUUAAAUUGAAGGAGAAAAAAAAAAGUAUUUCUUUAAAACAUCUCUUAGGUGCGAAGAUUUUUUCAGACUUUCAGCAUGCACAAAAUCACAAAUGUUUCACUCAACAGACGAUUGACACUAAAUAUAUUGAUAAAUGCUCAAUAAAAAUAAACUGAAGCUCUGUUCCAGUUUAGACCCAAAGUGUGUAUCAGGGUAUAAAGACUGAGUAAGUAUUUUAUAGAUGUGUCAUGAAGCUGCACAGAAGCCACUGUUCACAGACGUGUUGUAACUCAUUACUACCUCAUUAAAAACAGUAACUCACAGAAACAGAUAAUUAAUGGAAGGCUUUUUCAUUAAAAAUAUAUAUAUUAUGUGACGUCUGUUUUAAUUAACAUUAUUAAGGUUCCUGCUUUAGGGGCCGUACACAUGCCUCGUCUUUGAUUGCCUAGAAAACGUGAGGUCAGGCACUGGGUGCUACUGUUGUGCCUGUUCUGUGCCAGCUUUCAAGAGCGUGGUAGCAGGUUGCAUCUGAGGUUGCUAAGCAGCCUCAAGAAGCACCAUAUCAUAGCCAAUUUACCUGAAAUCCUGAGUCCAGAGCUGAUCUUCUCCCAGGUGCUGUUUGUAAAUGGUAUAUAGACUGCACUUGUAUAGCCCCUUUCUAGUCUUCCGACCCCUUAAAGCGCUUCAAUAUUACGUCACAUUCACCCAUUCACACGCUGGUGGCCGAGGUUACCAUCCAAGGUGCCACCUCUUACCAAGUUUUGUAACCCAUUCACACAGAUGAAACAGCCAUCAGGAGCAUUUUGGGGUUCAGUAUACUUUGACAUGCAGGCUUUGGAUGGAACCGCUCAGCUUCAAAUUAGUGGACGACCCACUCAACCUCUGAGCCACAGUCAGUAC